CUGCUAAGGCAUUGGUGACCAGGAGUCCUCUUCUGACACAAAUAGCUGAUCUUGAAGGAUUCUCUCCUCUUGUCUAUGCAAUUAUCUCUUCUACAAGUAAAGAGUUGGUAUGGUACCUAGCUUUGGUUACUACAGAUGAGAGACCUGCGAGUCCAUUCACCGGUCCUUCUGCUAGUCGUCUUGUUGCUUUGCUUACUGCUGGAGGAUUUCAUGCGCUAUCCCAGCUUGGCCACUAUGGCAGACUCAAAUGGGAGUGUUAUAUUCAAUGUGUUGUCCAAAAUGCCAUCAGACUUCCAAAGUGGAAGUAAGCUUGGGAUUUUGGGAAGGUUCAUUUACCACUUUGUUCCAGAGGAACUUGAUCAUUUACAGCCGAGAGGAGAUUUGAAGGAUCUUCAUGACGCACCUAGCAAAGGUUUCGUCUGGAAAACCAUUGAGAAGCUGGGUAUGUUUUUCAUUGUAGUGGAAGUACAUUUUCAAAGAUCCUCAAGAUCCAUUCUUAGCCUCACUUUCUAUGUAACUAAAUUUGCACCUGCAGUUCCAAGCAUAAAGCUAGUAAGAGACACAAAGUUGAGACAUAAAUCUGCUGAGAGAUUAGUAGAGCAUGUUUGUUCACAAGCCUUUAUCAUGAACAACUUCAUUUUCUGGCAGUCUUUCGUCAGUGCAGACAUUUUGUACAACACCAUAUCAUCUGGGAUAGUUGAAAUUUUAAGGAUAUGUUUCAAAUUCUUUCCUGAUUUGAUUUGGACUAAAAUGCCAAAUGAAGGAUACAUAAUGCAAGUUGCCAUUAAGAAUCGGCAAGAAAAGGUCUUUAGCCUUUUGUGUAAGAUGCCAAUUGGUAGGCUGCUAGUUUUGGUGGUAGAUGAAUCACAAAACACCACAUCACAUCUUGCAGCAAGGUUGACUUCUUCUCCUCAGCUAGCAUCAGUUUCCGGCGCGGCAUUUCAGAUGCAAAAAGAGUUACAAUGGUUCAAGGAAGUGGAGAAAUUGGACCAUCCUCUUCAUAAGCAAGUUAAAAACCAAGAGGGGAAGACAGCUUGGCAGUUAUUCAAGGAUGAGCAUAAGGGUUUGCAUGAACAAGGAGAGAAGUGGAUGAAGGAUACAUCAAACUCCAGUAUGUUAGUGGCAGCUCUUAUUGCCACAGUUGCUUUUGCUGCCGCUGUCACUGUUCCUGGAGGCAAUGACCAGACUAAAGGAAUCCCAAUUUUCUUGAGGGAUAAAGCAUUCAUGGUGUUUGCUGUCUCAAAUGCUUUAGCUUUAUUUUCCUCUGUAGCUUCUAUUUUUAUGUUCUUAUCAAUCUUAACUGCGUACUAUGCUGAAGAAGAUUUCCUCAAGACACUGCCUCGGAAAAUAAUUCUGUCUCUGGCCUCUCUAUUCGUUUCUAUAGCAACUAUACUGAUAGCGUUUGGGGCAGCUCUUUCUUUGGCACUUAGGGAAAGACUCAAAUGGGUGCCAAUUCCAAUUACUCUUCUGGCUUCUCUCCCACUUGCUCUAUUUGCAAUGCUCCAAGUUCCUUUAUUUGUAAGAAUGAUUGUAUCAACUUACGGACGUGCAAUUUGUCAGCCUCGAGAUCUUUGGUAGGUUCAUUCCCUAAUGCAAUAUAGAUCAAGGGAGAAUAUGGGAGAUUAAAUGCCUGAGUUAAACCCUAGUGCAAUAUGCCCUAAUGCAUCACUCACAAUGGUCACCAAAGUUGGUGCUGGUCCAGGAAGUUUCAGAGGUCGCAAACGUGUUCCAAGUUCUAACAGCUGGAGAAUGCAAGUACAGUCAUGGCCUUGCUUCCCAAUUUCAUUUCUGAGCAAUAGGAGCUUUAGUUAAGAAUGUAAAGAAAUAUCAGUAUCGUAUAUAGAAACCAAUCCUUCGCCA